GCAUAAAGUAGGUACAGGUGGGCAGGCUCUUUCUCUCACACACCUAAUCCAACCUCUGCAGUCAGUGCAGGUUGUGUUCAGUCCUGCACAUUCUCACAGUGACGGGAGCAGAGACAAGAGCAGAUUGAGGCAGCAUGAACUCAGGCACAGUGCAAUACUCCGGAGUAAAGUGCAGUGAUGACAUACCUAGUGUGCUAACCGAAGACGGCUACUAUUCUAAGAAGAAGCGAUAUGUGCGAAAAGAUGGGAGCUGUAACAUGGUGGUGCGCCAUGUUCCAGAAGAGUGGCUCCUCUUGGUCACUGAUAUAUUCACCACCUUGGUGGAGAUCCGCUGGAGGGUCAUGUUCUUGACAUUUGCCCUCUCCUACAUUUUAUCAUGGCUCUUUUUUGGAAUUUUGUUCUGGAUCAUUGCACUCACCCAUGGCGAUAUGAAAGACCCCACCAAUGAGCCGUGUAUUUAUGAGGUACGAAGCUUCACAGCAGCUUUUCUGUUCUCAUUAGAGACCCAGACGACCAUUGGUUAUGGCUUUCGGGGCAUGUCCGAAAACUGCAUGAUCGCCAUAAUCUUAGUUACUAUCCAAGACGUCAUCAGUGUCUUUAUUGAUACUUUUGUCAUUGGUAUUGCCGUGGCAAAGAUGGCAUCUGCACGGAAGAGAGCCCAAACGGUUGGAUUCAGCAACUGUGCUGUGAUCAGCUUACGUGACGGCCACCUAUGCCUGUCGUGGCGGGUGGUGGACUUCCGUAGAAACCACAUGGUGGAAGGGACGGCUCAUGCACAGCUACUCCAGCACAUGGCACAUGCCACCGGGAAAGUUGAUGUUUCAUACAAAGAUCUCAACAUUGAAGAAAGCAAUAUCAUCCUAGCCACCCCAACAACCAUCAUUCAUAAGAUCAGCCCUGGCAGCCCUCUGUACAAGGUGAGCUUGCAGGACUUGAGGAAGGAGAACUUCGAGCUGGUUGUGUCUUUCACCUACACGGAUGACUGCACAGGCAUCCUCCACCAGACACGAACAUCCUACACUCCAAGUGAGAUUUUGUGGGGCCAGCACUUUCAGGAGAUGAUCAGGGUCACCCGCAAGAACUACAGAGUGGACUACACCCUGUUCAACCACACAGUUAAAGUUCUGGUCCCAGAAUUAAGUGCAGAGGAAUAUGACCUGAAGAAGUGUUCUCCACAGCCAAAACACAAGCCACUCUACAUAAGUUCCCCAACAGCAGCUGAGGAGUUGGUUAAUGGGAAUAGUCUCGACGCUGAAAAAGAAUCUAACAGCAGUGCUGUCCAAGAGUACAAGCUAUAACAAUGGACCUGAUACAUCAUGACUCUAUAGCACUUUGAAAUGGGUUUCCUCAUAGGCUUCACUAAUGUAAGCAAUAGUGCACUAAUAGUUUGCCUUAAUUCGGCAAAACUUUUAAUUCCAGCGUGAAUGAAUAUGAAAUGACGUGGCUCCUCACAAAUUUUGCAGCAGUUCUGAAGUGAAAUGUCCACUAAGUGACACUAAAUGUUAGUAACAUUUUCUCUCAAACAUAUGAGGGUUUUAUAGGUAAUGCUCUAGUGAGUUUUAAAUCAACAAAACUUACCUCCCUACCCUAAACCUUCAACCUAAACCUAACCGGCAGUAUCAUAAAAAGCAAAUGUUACAUGGAAUGCAUUGUUGUAACCACAUAAUAUUGUGUUGCUUCUGUGACACUUUCAGCUCACUUGUAAACUUGCAUGUUCUUCAGGACUCAAAACCUGGUUCUUUGCUCUCUAUCAGUUGAGCUCUAUCAGCUGAGCUACUGUGCAGUUGAAUCGCGAUCGAUCAAGCUUGUAAAUGUAGUUGGCUAUGCAAUGCAAAUGUUAAAAUAUAUCACCUUACAAGUUAUGCGCUGUAGUAAAAGUGUUCAGAUGUCAUAAGACAUAGGUGUUUCUCAACUGACAAACUACUCUUUUACUCGUGAUUUGUGUGAAAGGGAAUAAAAACAUCAAAGUUUUAGCAGCUCCAGUGCUCAAUUUUGCAAAAAUGUAGUAAUUGUAAUGUGUUUUUAUGAAACCAGGUUGGAACUUAACCAUAUCUAAACCCAUGACUCUCUUCCAUGGAAUACAAAAGGAUAUGUUAGCCUCAGUCACCAUUCACGUUCAUUAAAACGUUUUUUCCUACACAAAAAAGUGUGAAUGACCGCGGAUGCUAACAUUUUACCUCACAUCUCCUUUUGUAUUCAUAUGGGUUUGAAACAACAUAAAAAUGAGUAAAUGAUGCUUUGGCUUUGAUG